UCCCCCACAAUGCCCCCACCUCCUCCACGCUGCUGUUGUUUCAUUUGCGCCAUUUUGUUCGCUCACUUUGGUGAUUGGGCUUCAGAGAGCUGUACUCGGGCCAAUCAGAGGGACACCGGACAGCGAAGAUACGGACUGACGUUAAGUAGCAAUGGAGCAGUACACCACUGCCACCACCACAACUGGGGAGCAGAUAGUCGUGCAGACCAGCAAUGGACAGAUCCAACAGGCGCAGGGUACAGUGACGGCUGUGCAGCUUCAAACCGACGCGCCGGUGGUGACGGCCUCAGGCCAGCAGGUGCAGACACUCCAGGUUCAAGGCCAGCCACUCAUGGUGCAAGUGAGUGGAGGGCAGCUCAUUACGUCAUCAGGGCAACCCAUAAUGGUACAGGCCAUGUCUGGGGGGCAGGGACAGACCAUUAUGCAAGUCCCCGUGUCUGGAACCCAGGGACUGCAACAGAUCCAGCUGCUGCAGCCGGGGCAGAUCCAGCUGCAGGGGGGCCAGACCCUCCAGCUGGGGGGGCAGCAGGGCCAGCCCCAGCAGAUCAUCAUCCAGCAGCCCCAGACCGCCAUCACCGCAGGCCAGAACCAAGUCACCCUCCACCCCUCCUACACACAGGGCCAGCAGAUCAGCGUGCAGGGCCAGCAGGUCGCCCAGACGGCCGACGGACAGACCAUUGUCUACCAGCCUGUGAACGCAGACGGCACCGUCCUUCAACAAGGAAUGAUCACCAUCCCUGCUUCCAGCCUGGCAGGUGCACAGAUUGUGCAGGCAGGGGGCGCCAACACCACCACCACAAACAGUGGCCAGGGAACUGUGACCGUCACCCUGCCUGUCUCGGGCAACAUGAUGAAUACAGGGGGCAUGGUCAUGAUGGUUCCUGGGGGUGGGACGGUGCCCACCAUGCAGCGUAUCCCCCUGCCGGGGGCUGAGAUGCUGGAGGAGGAGCCUCUGUACGUCAACGCCAAGCAGUACCACCGCAUCCUGAAGCGCCGUCAGGCCCGCGCCAAGCUGGAGGCCGAGGGCAAGAUCCCCAAGGAGCGCAGGAAAUACUUGCACGAGUCUCGCCAUCGCCACGCAAUGCAGAGGAAGCGAGGAGACGGUGGGCGGUUCUUCUCCCCCAAAGAGAAGGAGGAGAUGGCGCUGGCCCUGGCACAGCAGCAGCAGGAGGCGGCCCAGGCAGCAGCAGAUGAGACGGUGGCCCAGAUGAUCCGGGUGUCAUAGACGAGCCAGCAGGCCACCGCGACGCCUCUUUGGUGUGAACACCACCACAUCGCCACCCCGUUGGGAGAGCCCUCACCACAACCCGGCCUGCCCCGCUGCAUCUUCCCAUCCAUCUCGACCCCCUCCCCCUCCAUCUGCCCACACUAUUAUUUUCUCUGUGAACUCCUACGAUGUUCUUCCAGAAAGCUGGCCUGGCCUUAAAGUGUGUGUGUUUGUGUGUGUGUGUGUGUGUGUGUGUGUGUGUGUGUGUGUGUGUGUGGGGGUGGGGGUGGGGGUGGGGGUGUGUGGGUGUGUGGUGGGGUCCACCCUCCAGCCUCCCUCUCAGCCUCGGCAGCUCAGUGGCUUCUCAGCCGAGGGUUGGGGGUUAUCUCACACUAGGAGCUAUUUAUACAGACGUCAUUCAAAUGUGAAGGUACGCCGCAACAAGCGCUUGAUCCAGCUAACUUUGGUAGCAUAGGCGACCGAGUUCAUACUCUGGUUAAUCAAAGGGCCACAUUUUCAUUGUUUGUUUUGAUUGUUCGUUUUUUUAAAAGCUGGUACAGGAAGUGUAAAAAAAGGUAUGACAUCUGCCCUGAAUAUUUCUUUUUUUUUUAUGUAAAGUUUUCAUUUGUAUGAACAAUAAUGUGGGAAAGAAUUACCUUGGUCCACUGAGAAACCAACAUCUAAUAGAACCAUAUUGUAUAUAAUUUCUUCCUUUUUGUGUGCAUCAGUUAUACUUGAUAAGGUGCCCAAUUCUUUGUAUGGGCAUGUCUUUUUAUGACUAUUAAUGUUUCAUCACAUUAUAUCCAUGUAGUUACCUAUAGGUGUUUUUUAUUUAAAUUAUAGAAGCCUUUUUUUUUUCUUUCUCAUCCUAUUCAGUCCCUAAUGAUACUUUUUUUAAAUGAAAAUAAAAACAAAUACCAGAUAA